CCCAGCAGGAGGCCACGCCCCUUCAGCACACUGUGGACUCUGGUCUCCAGCGGGAGGAAACUCUCCAGAUCUGUGUCUGCACGUCCACCAUGGAGGAAAGCUGGGUGAUUCUGGUGCUGGUUUCUCUGAUCAUAGCGACGAUUUUGUAUUUGUUUCUGGGAUCAGAGAAGAAGAAGAAGCUUCCUGUCACUCUGCAGGAUCCCACCGUCAAAUAUCCACUUCCUCUGAUUCACAAACAGGAGAUCAGUCACGACACUAAGAAGUUCCGGUUCGGUCUCCUGUCUGGAAAUCACAUCCUUGGACUUCCUGUCGGCCAGCACGUCUACCUGUCUGCUAAGGUGAGCGGCAGCCUGGUGGUCAGAGCCUACACUCCUGUCUCCAGUGAUGAGGACCAGGGAUACGUGGACCUGGUGGUCAAGGUUUAUCAUAAGAACAGCCACCCGUCGUACCCUGAAGGAGGGAAGAUGUCCCAGUAUCUGGACAGCUUGACGUUAGGAGACACCAUCGACUUCAGAGGACCCAACGGACUGCUGGUCUACAGAGGAAAAGGCCAGUUUUCUAUCAGACCAGACAAGAAGUCAGAACCCAAGAAGAAGAAGUUCAAACACCUCGCAAUGAUCGCUGGAGGAACAGGAAUCACUCCGAUGCUGCAGCUGAUCCGUAGAAUCACAUCUGAUCCCUCCGAUAGCACCAAAUGUUCGCUGAUCUUCGCCAACCAGACUGAGAAGGACAUCCUGCUGAGGGAGGAGCUGGACGAGGUGAGGAGGAACCAUCCUGAUGAGGUGAAGGUCUGGUUCACGCUGGAUAAACCGCCUCAAGACUGGAAGUUCGGCUCAGGAUUCGUGACUCUGGACAUGAUUAAAAAGCAUCUUCCAGCUCCGUCCAGCGACGUCCUGGUGGUCCUGUGUGGACCUCCACCCAUGAUCCAGAACGCCUGCCUCCCCAACCUGGGCAAGCUGGGACACGGAGCAGAAAACAUCUUCACCUACUAGAGAUCCAGAGAAACUCAGCCAUGUUUGGUUUUUGAUUUUUAAACCUGAAUUCAGUGGAAUUAUUACCAUCAAAGCUCCAAUUAAAAUGACAUUUCUACA